ACACACACAUGGGGGUGUGGACAGUAAAGUGUUGGAGGGUUUUUCUCGGUGUGUGUGUGCAUGCGAAAGACGAGGAGGCAUUCAGUCCAUCAGGCUGCUGCCUCACCAUGGCUGUUCUCUCAGCAGAGGUCCUUGGCUGGCAUGCCCGCAUUGAGGAGUUGGAGGAGGAAUUGGAAGCUGAGCGGGCCAUGAGAGCAAAGGUGGAAAAGCACAGAGCAGAUCUAAGCAGGGAACUGGAAGAUCUCACAGAUCGACUCGAGGAAGCAGGCGGGGUCACCGCUUCACAGAUAGAGAUGAACAAGAAGAGAGAGGCAGAGCUUCAGCGUCUGAGACGAGAUCUGGAGGAGUCAUCUGUCCAGUCAGAGACGCUGGCUGCAACCCUGAGAAAACGCCACGGCGAUGUCAUUGCAGAGCUUAGUGAGCAGUGUGACGCUCUGCAGAGGACCAGGGCCAAGUUGGAAAAGGAGAAGCAGAACUUGAGGAUGGAAGUAGAUGACCUGUCCACUUCACUAGAAAGUCUACAGAAAGCCAAGAUGACCUCAGACACCCAGAUGAAGAAAUUAGAAGAACAGCUCUAUGAGUCUAACAGGAAAGGAGAUGACCUGCAGAGGACACUCACUGAGCUCACUGUGUCCAAGAACAGACUCACAGCUGAUAAUACAGAUACAAGUCGACGACUGACAGAGGCGGAGAACAGAUCCGGCCAGUUGAGCCGUACUAAGUCUCUCCUCCAAUCUCAACUCGAGGAACUGAGGAAACAGUUGGAUGAAGAGGUCAAAUGUAAGCAGGCAGUCUGCGGAAGUCUGAGUUCGGUGCGGGAGGAGUGCGAGGGUCUCAAGGAGCAGCUAGAGGAGGAGCAGGAGAGCAAGCAAGAGCUGCAGCGGCUUGUCUCCAAACUCAACAGUGAGAUCACACACUUGAGGACCAAACAUGAGGCAGACUCCAUCCAGCAUGCUGAUGAGCUGGAGGAAACCAAAAAGAAGCUAGUGUUGCGGCUGCAGGAGGCAGAGGAGGCAAUGGAAGCCACCCAGGCUAAAUGCUCCUCUCUGGAGAAAACCAAACAGAGGCUCCAGGGAGAGGUGGAGGAGCUAUGCAUGGACCUGGAGAAGGCAAGCGGAUGUGGACAAGCGCUAGAUAAGAAGCAACGGGUUCUAGAGAAGCAGCUGGGAGACUGGAAGCAAAAGUGUGAGGAUCUGGUGGCAGAGGUGGAGAGCUGCCAAAAGGAGAGCAGACAACACGCAGGCGAGCUCUUCAAACUGAAGACGGUGCAUGAAGAGUCUCUGGAGCAGCUGGAAGCUCUUCGAAGGGAGAACAAGGCUUACCAAGAGGAAGUUGCAGACCUCACUGACCAGCUUUCAGAUGGCGGUAAGAGUGUCCAUGAGCUCCAAAAAGCAAAGAAGAAGAUAGAGAUGGAGAAAGAAGAAUUACAGGCUUCACUGGAAGAGUCAGAGGCAGCUUUAGAGGCUGAGGAAACCAAGUUGCUGAGGAUGCAGCUGGAGUUGUCUCAGACAAAAACAGACUUGGAGCGCAGACUUCAAGAGAAGGAGGAAGAGAUCGAUGCUGCUCGAAAAACCCACCAGAGGGCGUUGGAAUCCCUACAGGCCACCUUGGAUGUGGAGAUUAAAGGUCGAGUGGAAGGGUUGAAGAUUAAAAAGAAGCUUGAGGCUGAUGUCACUGAACUGGAGCUUCAAGUGGAUCUCCUUACCAAAAGUAACACUGAGUUCAGCAAGAGCAGUAAAAAGACACAGCAGCAAAUCAAGGAACUCCAGGCUCACCUCGAGGAGGAGGUGAGGGGCCGCGAGGAGCACAUGGAGGAGCUGGUGGCCUUAGAGCGACGUUGUACUCUGCUGGUUAGUGAUGGCGAAGAGACCCGCUCCGUCCUAGAGAGUACAGAGAGGGUUCGCAAAGCCUUGGAGAUGGAGUUGCAGGAUGCCAAUGAAAAAUACAGUGAUCUCAACAACCAGUUCCAGACAGUUCUGAGUGGGAGGAGGAAGCUGGAGGUGGAUCUCCAAACUCUGCAGCACGAGCAUGAGGAGCUCCAAGGAGAGCUGAGGGGAUCGGUCGACAAAUCCAAGAAGGCCAGCUGUGAGUUGGCCAGAGUGGGGGAGGAACUACGCUUGGAGCAAGAGCACACGCUCCAUCUGGAGAGGGUGAAGAAAGGUCUUGAGGCUCAAGUGAAAGACAUGAGCACCAGACUGGAGGAGGCAGAGCAGAUGGCUUUGAAAGGUGGCAAAAAGACCAUCCAAAAGUUGGAGGGAAAGGUAAAGGAGUUGGAGCUGGAGCUGGAGUCGGAGCAGAAGCGGCACGCCGAGACGGUGAAGACCCUGAGGAAGAACGAACGUCGGCUCAAGGAGUUGGUCUUCCAGUCUGAGGAGGACCAGAAGAACCAGUUGAGAAUGCAGGAUCUAGUGGAGAGGCUUCAGAACAAGAUGAAGGCUUACAAGAGACAAGUAGAAGAGGCUGAGGAGCAAGCCAAUAUGAACUUGGCCAAGUACAGGAAGACAGUCCAUGAGCUGGAUGAUGCCGAGGAACGAGCUGACAUUGCGGAGUCAGCACUUACGAAGAUAAGGACAAAGAAAAGAGGCAGCUUCAGCAAGGGAUACUCCUCGGGAUACAGCACCCCACACCCCAGUCUGGCACGGUCGCCCAGCUCUGUGGGUUCAGAGGGCCGAGGCGAGAAGAUUCUCAACGAUGACAAUGAGUCCGUGAGCUCCCUGAUCCCUGCUUAUCUCAAUUCCCUCAAGAAACUCAUGAUCGACUAGAAAGAGUGCAGUUUUCUACAGUGUGACAUCAAUCACACCUUAAUGCCACUUGAAGAAAUCACACUCAAAUAUUAUGAAGUCUUUAGAAAUUAGUUUGACUGAAAUUUUAUUUUUGCGUCACCAUCACAUUAUCACAUUUUAAACAAAAGCCCUGCAUGAAAUUGUGCACUCCUUUAUUUGUCAUGAACUACACGUUUUUAACACACUUCAUCUUAUCCAGUAAUUGCUGCAUAUAUUGAUAUUGAAUAAUGUGUUAAAACAGAUUAUAUCUUUAUACUAUAUUUCCUUAUACAUAUAGUGCUGUCAUACAUGCCCCAGUUAAUUGCAGAGCGUGUUGUUCUCUUAUCUUGAAUAAAUAAACAACUUACACAAGAAAUGCGUGAUGCUCUCUGCCAUUGUCUUAAUAAAAAUACUCUACGUAGCACUUUAAACAUCAGCUGUGGACUGUUGGUCAAUGAGAAUGAUUUUUGGCCUUUCUUGAUGUAUGGCAAUGUAUUUCAAAAAUGAAACAUCGCCACGCAGAUUCAUUAUACUGUACAUAUAGAGGUGGGCAAACUACGGCCCUCGGGGCAGAUCUGGCCUGUUGGUUUUCUUAAUCCGGCCUGCCGAAGAUUGGUGCAGAAAUAAGGUUUGAUGUGAAUAAUU